UGAUUCGUCAAUAUGUGGUUCUUUUUUUCUGAAUUUCAAAAGUUUAACAUUUACUUAGAUCAAAUUUACCUGAGCACUAUAUCAAACCAUGCCAUUUAACUACAGAUAGUGUAAGAGUUUUAGGUGAACCAGUGGUUAAGUAUAGCUACAUAUCUAUGAAAUUAUGCAUAUGAACUCAGAAACACAAACAUGCACCACCAUCACAUAAGCAGCACUCUGGGCACUCUUGUUUUUGGGAGGUGUUCAUUUGCUCUGCCACAAUACUUUAGUAUCGAUAUUUUCAAGUUCUGAAGGCUUCAGAUGCCAGUAAAACCAAGUACAAGUGCAUAUGCUUUUCCAAACAGCUGUAAUUUUCGCUGCAUUGUAUGUAGGCGUUGUGCGCAUGCGCAGUGUGAAACACAGGACGCUGUAACAGGAAGCUCCAGCGAAUCAACUACCAAAGUCGUCUCUGUUUAUCGAGCUUGGCAUGAAUGUAUUUGAGAGUAACUGGGGUAAAACCUUAAGCUUCUUCGCUGUUUUCGUCGCGGCGCUCGCCGCUGUUUUUUACUAUCUUGAGAAUUCAGAGAUCGACGAGAUCCCAAGAAUGGAUCUGAACGCAAUGGAAGAGAAUUACCGGCAGAAGAACAGAACGUGCUUCAUUCUCGGCGCUUCAGGUGAGACUGGAAAGGCGCUACUGAAAGAAAUAGUGGAGCGCAACAUCUUCUCCAGCAUCACUCUCAUUGGACGAAGGCAGUUAACCUUUGAGGAUAAAGCUUAUGAAAAUCUGGUGCAAAAGGUGGUUGAUUUUGAGAAGCUUGAUGAGUAUGCUGAGGUUUUUCAGGGCCAUGAUGUUGGAUACUGCUGUCUAGGAACAACCAAAGCCAAAGCAGGAGCUGAAGGGUUUGUGCGGGUGGAUCAUGACUACGUACUCAAGUCUGCAGAACUUGCCAAAGCAGGAGGUUGCUCACAUUUUCAUCUCGAAUCCUCCAAAGGUGCAGACAAAACCAGCAGCUUUCUCUAUCUGAAAACAAAGGGACAGGUUGAAGCAGAAAUUGAAGACCUAGGGUUUGAGCGUUUCUCCAUUUAUAGACCAGCGGUGCUCUUAGUGGACCGAGAGGAGAGCAGGCCGGCUGAGUGGGUGGCCCGAAAAUUUCUUUGUGCAGUCUCCUCUGUUUUACCUUCAAUGUCUAUUCCCAUCACAGCAGUGGCCAGAGCUAUGGUUGUCGACACACUGACAGAUGGAGAGCAGAAAGUGGAAAUUCUCGAAAACAAGGCUAUAUACAAUCUUGGGAAAAUUGGAGACAAAGAAUAAAAAAGACUUUUAUUCUCA